AGGCGACGAGGAGGAAGAGGGACAGAGAGAGAGAGAGAGAGAGAGAGAGAGAGAUUGAGAGAGAGGGAUUGGGGAAUUUGGGGCGAGAUGGGGUCGUACUACGCGUGGAAGAGCUUCAACGAGGACGAGGAUCGGCCGGAGAAGCCGCGGAGGUAUGGAUUGACGGAGAUGAGAAGCCCCUUCUACAGCUUCCUCGGCCACGACGCCCUCCAGGAGACUCUGGAAACCAUGGGAGAGUUUGUUGAUGGAUUAAAGUUUGCUGGCGGUUCUCACAGCUUGAUGCCGAAGGCCUUCAUCAAAGAAAUAACUGACUUGGCUCACAGGCACGAUGUUUAUGUUAGCACAGGCGAUUGGGCAGAGCAUCUGCUUCGUAAAGGGCCCUCUUCUUUCAAACAAUAUGUUGAGGUCCGCAGAAAUUUAUUUUGGAUUAUCUCCUUGGGACUAUUAUUCAUAGAUUUGCGCCAAUUUAUCUUUAUUCAAAUGGUGCGAUUUCAGGAAUGUAAGAACUUAGGGUUUGACACAAUCGAGUUGAAUGCCAGCUCUCUGAAGCUUCCCGAAGAAGCACUUUUGAGGUUUGUUCGCCUCAUCAAGCGUAGUGGGUUGAAGGUAAAGCCCCAAUUUGCAGUGAAAUUUGACAGAUCUGAGAUACCGGCUAUAGGUGAUAGAGCAUUCGGCGCUUACAUAGCUCCAGGCCAACAAAUUUCAGAAAUUGUUGAAGAUGUUGACUUGCUAAUCAGAAGGGCCGAGAGAUGCUUGGAAGCAGGAGCUGAUAUGAUCAUGAUUGAUGCUGACGAUGUAUGCAAGUAUACAGAUGAUCUGCGGACAGACAUAAUCGCAAAAAUCAUCAGUCGCCUUGGAGUAGAGAAAACUAUGUUUGAAGCCCCCAACUCGAAGACAUCUGAGUGGUUUAUCAAACGAUAUGGACCAAAGGUGAAUCUCUUUGUCGACCACUCAGAGGUGAUGAAUCUAGAAUGCCUCCGUGGCCGCAAUUCAGGGCAGAACCAUGCUUCGGUUCUUGGCUCUUCAUUUUUCCUCGUGUGACAUUGAGAAUUAUUAUGCCGUAAUAUACUGGGGCAAAGUUUUGCUCUCUGUAUCCAGACUAUGGGCGAAGAGAGAGAAGGACAAUCAUGUUAUUGUUAGUAGUGCUUGUUUCAAAUUGUUGUCUCGCCUAUCAUGUAUGCUUGUGUUUUUCGAUUGAAUAAAAGUAUGUGAUGUUCAUCCAUGUAUGCCUAAACUUAUGGGACUUGUUUGGUACAGCUAGAUCUUCUGUGAAGUAUUAUUCUGUCUGCAA